AUGCUAGACCCAGAUCCAGAUUCACUGGAAGAGGUCGUGGGGCGCUUUAUAGACGGUGACCUGGACGACCUGAUACCGGAGGAAAACCUGCCCUUUACUCAUCUCAAGCUUGUGCAGGACGAAGAGGAGGAAGUGAUGUCCGCAGUUCGUACAGAGCAGGCGUGGGUAGUCGCCCUUCCAGAUCCCAAGCAAGCCGCUGACACGCUCAAGUGGCUCAAAAUAAGCGGCCUCGAGACUGCCGACAUGGACCACCUCAAGCGCAUCCGCAAGCAAUCCUCGCAGAUGACCCUCCUCCUCACAUACACCCGGACACACCCCUCUCCGCCUUCCCUCCCACCAGCGUUGGCCCUUCCCGCGCCCUACACUCUCCUCGUACCGCGCUCGGCCGCCCUCACGCAGACCUCUCUGCAGCUCAAAAACACUCUCUGGCCGACCGUAUACGCCCCCCGGCGCAAGCACGAGGCAGAACCGUGGGCGCGGGCCCGUGUGCAGUGGGCGUGCGCGGCGAUGCGGCGCGUGGUCCAGGAGGCCCGCGCGGCGCGCGCCCGAGGCGAGCUGCCCAUCGCGGCGUACGUGCCCGUGCCGCACGACGACGAGACGCGCGCCGCGACGCAGCUGUCAAAGCCGCUGAUCGCGGGGGACACGCGCGUGUCGGCGGCGCAUCCGCUCCGGCAUGCGGUGCUCAAUGCGAUUCGCGCCGUCGCCGAGUACCGUGCCGCUCUCCCUGAUGCUUCCCCGCCCCCAGCAUCCGCAGACGCCGUCUCAGAGGACAUGCGGGAGGCGUGCGAGGGCGGCGGCGCGACACGCAACGGUACACACUAUCUGUUGACCUCGCUGACGCUCUUUACGACGCACGAGCCGUGCAUCAUGUGCAGCAUGGCGCUGUUGCAUUCGCGGGUGAAGGAGGUGUUCUACCUGAUCCCGAUGGACAAGACCGGCGGAUGCGGCGGGGCUGCGUGUGUCCCCGGACUGAAGGGUGUCAAUCACCGGUACGCGAUCAACAGGUGGCGUGCUGGACGGGACUGGGCGGUGGAAUGUGGUCUCGAGGUCGGCCCCGGGACAGAUGCGUAA